CGGCUGCUUUGCUCUGAUUGGUAGAGAAAGUAGGUUAGUGGUGCGACAGCCAUGACGGUGCAGGGAAAGUGGGUCAGCGGCUGGGAUUCGUUUAUGUCACCGAACUGCUGUUACUUCACCGCCCCGGCUCUGCGGCUCACCUCAGCGGACAUUCGAUCUGUCUCUGUCAGUGUCCCUGAGGUGUCAGCUGACCACAGAAGGAAAGAGUAGACCUGUGACCUCUGGUUUGAAAAGUGAAUAGCAGUUCUUCAGAAAUCACAUGACUUCUUAGUGAAGUGGCCUCUGACCUCCUUAGCCUCCGACAGCACUAGGUUUAAUCUGAAACCUGGUCUGAAGCUGCUGAAGUUCAAUAAUUCACAGAAAACAGCAGGGCCACCAGCAGGAGGCCAGUUCCAGUCCCUGACCCAGUUGUGGUCUCCUGUGUGGAUGGAAGGAGAUGAUUUCAACACAGAGGCAGUGAUGAACAUCUGUGACGACCUAAUGGCCGACCAGAGGAUGGACAUCUCCUCCACCAUGAGUGACUUCAUGUCCCCCAGCUCCACCGACCUCAUCUCCUCCUCCAUCAGCACGCCUGGCAUGGACUACACCAGGAAGAGGAAAGGCAGCAGCACCGACUACCAAAUUGAUGGCUUCUCAUUUGAUGACAUGGAUCCAGACAAAGACAAAGUAGGAAGUGACCAGCAUGGACGGAUUAAAAACGCCAGAGAAGCCCACAGUCAGAUUGAGAAGCGGCGCAGAGAUAAAAUGAACAGUUUCAUCGAUGAGCUGGCGUCUCUGGUCCCCACCUGCAACGCCAUGUCCCGCAAACUGGACAAACUGACGGUGCUGAGGAUGGCUGUGCAGCACAUGAAGACACUCCGAGGUGCUGCAAACCCCUACACGGAGGCCAACUAUAAACCCGCCUUCCUGUCAGAUGAUGAACUCAAGCACCUGAUCCUCAGGGCGGCCGAUGGCUUCCUGUUUGUGGUCGGCUGUGACCGUGGGAAAAUCCUUUUUGUUUCUGAAUCGGUUUACAAGAUUCUCAACUACAGUCAGAAUGAUCUGAUUGGUCAAAGCCUCUUUGACUACCUCCACCCUAAGGACAUUGCCAAGGUCAAAGAACAGCUGUCAUCCUCUGACACGGCACCUCGAGAGCGCCUUAUCGAUGCUAAAACUGGUCUCCCAGUGAAGACUGACAUCACUCCUGGUCCAUCUCGGCUCUGCUCGGGAGCGCGGCGUUCCUUUUUCUGCAGAAUGAAGUGUAACAGACCAUCAGUCAAAGUGGAGGACAAGGACUUUCCCUCCACCUGCUCCAAGAAGAAAGCAGACAGGAAGAGCUUCUGCACCAUCCACAGCACAGGUUACCUGAAGAGCUGGCCGCCCACCAAGAUGGGUCUGGACGAGGACAGCGAGCCCGAUAACGAGGGCUGUAACUUGAGCUGCCUGGUGGCCAUCGGACGCUUGCACUCCCACAUCCUGCCCCAACCCAGUCUGGCUGACAUCCGGGUCAAAGCCACGGAGUACGUGUCCAGACACGCCAUCGACGGCAAGUUCGUCUUUGUGGACCAAAGAGCCACAGCCAUCCUGGCCUACCUCCCUCAGGAGCUCCUGGGAACCUCCUUCUACGAGUAUUUCCACCAAGACGACAUUGGACACUUGGCUGAAUGUCACCGACAAGUGCUGCAGAUGAGAGAGAAGAUCAACACCAACUGUUACAAGUUCAAGAUCAAAGACGGUUCUUUCAUCACUCUGAGGAGUCGCUGGUUCAGCUUCAUGAACCCCUGGACCAAGGAGGUGGAGUACAUCGUGUCCACCAACACCGUGGUGUCGUGUCCUAUGAUGGAAGGUUCAGAUUAUCCUCAGUCUGCUGCGUCUCCUCAGAGCAUGGACAGUGUCCUCACCUCAGAAGGAGGUGGUGGGAGGCGGGCGUUGCAGACAGUUCCAGGAAUUCCAGGAGGCACCAGAGCGGGAGCUGGGAAGAUCGGACGCAUGAUCGCAGAGGAAGUGAUGGAGAUCCAAAGGAUCAGAGGCUCCUCCCCGUCCAGCUGUGGGUCCAGUCCUCUGAACAUCACCAGCACACCUCCACCUGACACCUGCUCACCUGGAGGAAAGAAGAUCCAGAAUGGAGGAACACCAGAUCUGCCGAACACAGGGAUGGUUCCUGGUCCUGAUUCUGUCGGGUAUCCGUACUCCAACCAGUCCAUCAUGAGUGAUAACUCCCACCUGAGCAUUGACAUCAUGGAUGAUCCAGGCUCCAGCAGCCCCAGCAACGACGAGGCCGCCAUGGCCGUCAUCAUGUCCCUGCUGGAGGCUGACGCCGGCCUCGGGGGUCCUGUAGAUUUUAGUGACCUGCCCUGGCCCCUGUGAAAACCUCCAGGAGCCUGACUGCCUGUGUAAUCACCAUGAAGUCAGGGACCGGACAAUCUGUCGCUGUGAGACACAGGAAGUCGAGGGGCGGGCCUCCCUGCCACAAGCACCGGACCCCCGGGGGUGAAGCUUCUGAUUAGAGUCCCAAACAGAAGAAGAUUCUCUGGUUCCAGACAGACCAUGGUUCCCUAAGGACUUGAGAGACAACAUGCAGACUUAUUGUCUUGUGGGCGGGACCAGGACCAGUGGGACGCCAUACCUCCUCUCUGGCGCCGCCCUCUCCUUUUUGUAUAAUCCACCUCAUGUCCUCGGACUCCUGUCGUUGUCAGUCGUCUGUUCUGACAGAAACAUCUGUCACAAGAAGUGGACCAUGGCAGCAGCUGUGUGUCUCCCCCUGCAGGCCAGAGCAAACCUGGCUUAGUCAAAGACAGCAGAUCGUUAACAAGCAGAAAAACUUGCUGUGUCCAAUACUGCCCCUCAACCAGCAGGCUGCGCCCUUUAACAUCACGACAGGUGACCACAGGUUCAGAUUUACGGUUCAAUCCACCUGUAGUUAUUCUGCCCUCUCCUGGACAAAAACGCACUUGCUUUACUUUUGACAUUUUCCACAGAUCUCAUGUUUACUACACUUACCGGGUCAUGUGUGCAUGUGUGUCUUAAAGUCUGCAGGGGGCAGCAGAGAACUUAUCUGUUUUGGUGUUUGUACUUCAGCUCUACACUACAGUCAAGAGGCGUUUCCCUCAAGCCCCGCCCCCUUCUGACAGAGUUUCAAAUCUAUAAAUAAUAUUACUGUUAAUAUAAUUAGCAUCAUGGAUAAGAGUUUCUAUACAUAUACAAAUAUACUGUAUAUGUAUAAAUAUGUAUACAGUGGGUCUGAGUAUGAUGUAAACACAGUGAAAUAUUUUUAAAUAAAACUUUCUGUCUUUGUGCAA